UUGCCAGAACGUGUAGUAUUCCGAAAGUCGUAUUACAAACCAAUCGCAAAAAUGCAGUUGAAAGCAUUGUUCUUCUUCCUCUUCGUUGCCACCAUCUCCUACGCUAUCGCUGACAGUAGCUCCAGCGAAUCAAAGGAAACUGCGGUAGAUGCACUUAAGAACAUAGGCAAAUCUGCUGACAACAUAAUAAAACAAUUUGGGAAAGGAUUUUCAGCCGUAGCAAAGGGUAACUUGGGCACUGUCAAUUUGACCAAGGCGCUCAAAUCGGUGGAAGAUCGAUUGAAAUUGCCGAAUCUCUCGAAAUAUUCGAAGGAGGCCAAGUCACAGAUCGAGGCGGCUCGAGAUCAGGUUGCAAACGCGUUGCUUGAAGGCUCAUCCGAUUUGAUCGCCGUUCUCACUGAUGCCAUACAAUUAGCUAUCCGCAGCACAGAACCUAUCAAAGCCUUGGUGGACGUCUUCGAUGCGAUUAAGGACGUGUAUUUCGAUAUAGCGGUAAAUAAUUCACUUGCCAUUGGUCUUAACGUAAUACAAGACGGUGUUCUAAUGUGUCAAGUCAUCGUCGAAACCAUGAAGGUGGCUUUCCAAGUGUAAAAAAAAGAAAGAAAGAAAGAA